CCGGCUUGUUGGCUAGGGGGACAACAGACAGUUGAGCAGUUCGGGACCAGACAUGCUCGACAGCUCGGUGUGCUUCUCAAUUCUCUUCUAAAAGUCCGCCGGCUGUACUGUCGCAGAGGCCAUGAAGACAUUAAAUACUGGAAAAUGAGCGGCCACGGAUGCACGGUGGACUCUUCGCUCCCGGAGACGUUUCUGCACGAGAGGAUCCUCUUCUCCAACCCCCAGUCGGACCUGAUGGAGUACAACCAGCCUCAGGCGCCGGUACGAGACAGCUUGAUAGAUUUUUACAAAGACGAGGUCGCCCACUGUUCCGGCUUCGUUUGGAAAACGCCCGAUGUGCAGCCCAAGAAGAAAUCGUCCUCUCUCAAAUCUGCCAUAUCGACCGGUGGCGGGGGGGAAAAGAAGAUAGUCCGGUUCGCCGACGUCCUCGGCCUCGACCUCACCGACGUGCACACCUUUCUAGACGAGAUACCCAAAAUUCCGAAAUCUGCGUUCAAAGAUUUAAAAAACGUGGACGUCGCUCCGGCCAGCUCUCCCAAACCCGAGAAGACCCUGGUGUCCUUAUUUCCCCAACCGGCCUCUCAGAAUCAGUUCACGGAGAAGCUCGCUUACAACAAAGUCUGCCUGGAAAACGCCUUCAUCACCAACACCAUCUCUUUGAACGUGAGAGGCACUAUCAGAGUUGUCAACGUGCACUUCGAGAAGAAGGUAACAGUUCGAUACUCCACGGACAAGUGGAAAACCUUCGUGGACACCAUCUCACAGUACUUGGAAGGAUCUUCGGAUGGGUUUUCCGAUAGGUUUUCGUUCACGCUGCCCGCCUCGGACAUGAGCGUCGGACAGAGGAUGGAGUUCGCGAUCAAAUACAACGUCUUGGAUACCGAGUACUGGGAUAACAACUCCGGGAUCAACUACGUCUUCCAGUGUAUGCCCGACUCGCCACCUAAGCUCACCUCCUCCCACAUCCCAUCCACUACCGCUCUCGAAAACUGGGGAUUUUUCUACUAGCAAAAACACUUUCUAGUCUAUGUAAAUAAGGAAUAAACUCUCUAGGAGGUUUAAUCAAUAUAUAUUUAGGUUAUUUUUUUAUAAUAUUUUGAAGUUUAAAAUUUUUUAAAAAGAAUUGUAUUUAUAGAUUCGUUAUUGUUGUUAAAUUUUAUCUUUUUUUCUAUUGAGACUGAUUUUUUUUUGUUAUAAAUAAUAGACUGUUGUUAGAAGAAGUACAGUUAUAUCGAU